GGUGGUUCACUGUGCUUGUCAUUACUCGACACAGAUUUCACCGGGCGGGGCUUUGCAAAGUUUUGACAGUCGAUCUCUCUGUGGCUGUACGCAUGGAAGCAUAAGAAAAGAAAUACCACAAUGGUGAUUCCAGAGGGAACACAGAAGCAGAAGCAGAGUCUCACUACAUUAAAAUGAGGUGAAGUUAACAUAAAGUGCCAUUGAUUCAGAAGAAAACAGCAGAUAUAAUUUAGGAGAGAGCAGAUUCAAUGUCCAGGCGUUCAGACACAGCUGAGCACUCAUCCGAGGCGAGACAGUGCAUGUUUAAAGAUCUGGGAGCAGCAAACAUUCAGACAGGGAACAAGUUUGCUGAGAGUGAAGUCUCGUCUCUCAAUGAUCGACUAUCAGACACCAUUGACCCUAAGGGGAAAGGAGCUGUUUUUAGAAGAUUGUUUAAGAAGACACCUAAAAAGGUGACAAGUCUCGCUGCACAGGAGGUAGAACCACAGGAAAAACUGUCAUUACAAGAUGGAGAACUGUCAGCAAGCAAACACCAUCAAACAGAAACCCACACCAAGAAAGAACCAGUAUUUAAGAAUGAGGAUUUUCCAGCCAGUGACAGUCAUGAGGAGAAUUCACUGUUUAAUUUUCUCAAAACAUUUCCAAGAGGAACUGAGGACACUUCUGGAGAGGACAGCCCACCAUUACACAUCAAACUGCUGGCCAGUAAUGACCAUCUCUUACAUCCCCUGUAUAACAACGUAGAGGAUAAUUCAGGCAAGCUAAAUGGCACUUUCCGCAGUUCCCCAAAACCAGCAUUACGUUUUGCUGUGGAAACGGAUCCACUAAGUGAGCACAGUGAGCUUACAGACUGGGAUUAUACCAUUUUGGAAGCUGAUAAGAAAUCUAUUGAAGUGCCCAGAAAAUGCACAGCAAGUCAUCAGAAAAUCUCUAAUCGUAGUACUAAGGUGUCAUAUAGAGUGAAGAGAACUCUGUCUACAAUGUCCACAUUUUCAUCCGGUACACAGGGCUCUGACCAGGAAGAUAUAAUGAAUGAACCAGUGGAACUACAGCAACUGCAAAAUACUGAGGACUGUACUUUUGAAAUCCUGCCAGUGGAGAUGGCUGCCUAUCCAACAGAUUUAAAUUCCUCAGAGACAGAUGAGGAUAAUGGUCUGAUGGACUGGUGGAAAACUGUUGAGGGUUGGAGUGAAUGGAACCAAACAUCAAAUUUUCAGGAGGAUGACGAGGAGCUGGCUGUAGAGGCUGCUGCUGACCGUGUGUUCAUGGCCGCCCGUCUCUUUGUCAGUCUAUUCAACCAGCGUGGAGCAUCUUUGCAAUGUCGCAUUAUGGAGUUGCUUGCUCUGGCUGAUGCUGCAGACAGUUUCCAUAAGAAGACGGUGAGCGCCGCUAUCGGAGGGGGUGUAGCUAGCGUCGCUGGAGGCAUAGCCACCAUUACUGGCCUCAUCCUUGCACCCUUCACCUUUGGCACAUCCACUAUUGUCACUGCAGUGGGCAUCAGUGUGGCCACAGCUGGCAGCAUCACUUCAGCCACAGCGAACAUCACCGACGCUGUUCAAUCCAAGAUAGACCGCAAGAAAGUGGAGAAGAUGAUCCAGGGCUACCAGAGUGAGAUCACUGACAUUAGGGAUUGUCUGGAAUUCAUGCAAGAAGGAAUGAAUACCCUGCAGGAAUGGGAUUUUAAGGACUACUCUGACAGUGUGGUCAACACAAGUCUCAACCGUAAUAUAAAGUAUGUGAUGAAGGAAGGUGGGCGAGCUGGAAAAGCCCUCCUGAUAAACACUGAUAGACUUGUUAGCACUGUGAAAGUUUUGGGUGUUGCUGGAGGUGCUGCCAAAGCCGCCAAGGCCAUCAGUAUCACCACAGGGGUCAUGUCCACUCUUUUCCUUGCUCUGGAUGUCUUUUUUCUCGCCAAAGACUCAAAUGAACUCCGCAAAGGUGCCAAGACCAAGUUUGCCUCCAAGAUCCGAGAAGUUUGCAAAGAGCUUCAACAUGGCCUACUGGAAUUAAACAAAGUGAAGACGCAGCUUCAGAAGACCAUGGAUGGAAUUGAAGUGGAAGAAUAUGAGGAAGAUGAGGAGGAUGAAGACCCGUGUGUGUCAGAUCCCAUCAAACUGGCUCUGCUUGAGCAGGAACUUGACCAGAUUGAGGAGAAACUUGACCAGAAGGGUCUGCAGGAUCAAAUGAACAAAAGCAAGAAGGCAGAGACUGAAGAAAAGACAACAAAAAAAACAAUAAUGAGGAGUGAAAAUGAAUGAUGCAACGUAUCACUAAAGAAAUGACAACAGCAGGAUGGUUGGCAAAUAAAAGAUUUGAAAGUGGGAA